AUGAGUGGAGAAAUCCACAUGCCCGCAGCGCUGGUGCCAGGUCGAGAGUGUUAUUUUGCAAGAUACUGUAAGAAGUUAUCUGAGACGACGUGGGCCAUCGUAGACGUGUCGUUGGAGAAGUAUUUUCCUCAUCCCUCCAUCAAUUUUCGAAGAAGGCCCUCAGGAUGCUUCAUUCAAUUUAUGCCCCAAGAAGGAUUCUCUAAGAUCACGUGGGUAGAGCAUGUGGAAGCAGACUACAGAGAUCUAAACUCCACAUUCAAGGACCUAAUCAAAUCAAGUUUUGCUUUUGGCGCAACACGUUGGAUUUCUGCUAUGGUUCGCCAAUUCGAAUACUCUGAAAUUCUCAAGGCAAAAUACUGGCCUCCAGAAGAUGCAGUGAAGGUGAUCGGAGAAGGAGGAAGAAGGAGCAUGUUGAAGCUGGGAGAUAGGAUGAUAAGGACGUUCUGUAGUGAGAUAAAUGGUUCGAAACGAAACCAGUGGUUCCGAUUACCAGGAGAACCAUUUGAUGAUACAGAAGACGUGAGAUUGGCCAUUAGAGAGCACGCAAUUGAAGCUGGAAAACCUUUGGCUACAACACUCGUCUUUGCAGCUUCGCAGUGGUUUCCGAUCACUCCCCGCCUUUUGUUCGACUUCCUUCGUGAUGCCGAAUCCAGAACCGACUGGGAUGUGCUUGCUCGAGGACUUUGUGUUCAAGAACUGUCGUACAUUGUUAAGGGCAAAGAUUCCGCUAAUCGUGUUUCUCUCAUGCAAGUCACAGAUGAGCUAGACACUUAUGUGAUCAACUACAUUCAAGAGAGCUACACAGACAUAACUGGUUCGUAUGUGGUUUAUGCGCCAAUAGACGAACCAGCAGUGACAGCCCUAUUGGAAGGAGGAGACCCAGACAUGGUUGGCAUUUUACCUUCCGGUUUUUCUAUUCUGCCGCAAGAGAUCCCUAAGGACGACGGACCCCACAGUGGCGUCGCAAGCAUUCUCACCGCUUCAUUUAACAUCGUUGACUAUGGCUCUAAUAAGUCCCAUGUGCCUCCUCAAUCAUUAGCUGUCAUUAAGAAGAUUCUCAGAGAGACUUUCAAGGCUAUCAAGAGUUUUGUGUUCAAUGAGGACUCUGAUGACGACUAAAUGCUCAAUCUAGUAUCCUGUUAACUGUACUAGACAUCCUUCUGCCCCAUUUCAUGGUUAGAUUAUUGUAAGACUACUCCUUUGGUUUUCCCAGAGGCACAUGUUCUAGUUAAUGUGGGGCAUGGUGAAAGAUGUGUAGUUUCAAUUUAUGUCUUCAAAUCACAGUUGCAAUCCGAAGUAUCGGUACUGAUAACUUUGGUGUG